AUGUCAUCAGGCCAGACAGAGACUGCUAUCUUCGCCUCGGGUUGUUUCUGGGGUACGGAACAUAUCUUCCGACAGCACUAUGAUGGAAAGGGUUUGAUAGAUGCGAAAGUGGGUUACACUGGUGGCCAGACACAGCAACCAUCUUAUACUCAGGUCUGUAAAGGCUCCACCGGGCACGCUGAAGGUGUCAAAUUAGAGUUCGAUCCACAAAAACUCACAUAUGCAACCUUGGUUGAAUUUUUUUACCGCACCCACGAUGCUUCUCAUCUCAAUCAUCAAGGACCCGAUCGUGGCACGCAGUAUCGGUCCGCCAUCUUUUAUCUCGAUGAAACGCAAAAGAAAGUAGCAGAACAAGUCACUGCAGAUAUCCAAUCUAAACAUUAUACUCCGAAGGGUAAGACGAUAGUGACCAAGAUCGAAAAGUUUGAAAAAUGGUGGAAUGCGGAAGAUUAUCACCAGAUGUAUCUACAUCACAACCCUGGUGGUUACGAGUGCCCAACUCACCGUCUACAUUGUGUACAUCAUUUGUAA